AUGUCGAUUUCAAAGUUCGCUAACCUAGGACACCUAGAGAAGUUAGAUUGUGAGACCCCACACAUUUAUGUGAAGAAGAUUGAGUUCGCUUGCAAUUAUUUUGCUACAGUCCAUGAUUUGCCUCAACUAAGGAAUAAAGAUGUUAUGUCUGAGAUGCUUGCAGAGCAAUGUUUUGAGGAUGGUAAUAUGGUGGAAAGUGUCAACCACAUGGAUUUUGAUAGUGAUGUGGAGACCCCUAUGAAUGAGGAUAGUGAUGACGAUGUUUCCUUAAGAAAUAAGUUCUAUCCGCCAUACCUGAAAAAACAGAAAGCCCAAGAGUUCAUCGAGCUAAGGAUGGAAGGGAUGUUUGUAACUGAAUACUAUUCCAAGUUCAUAGAUCUGUCUAGAUUUGCACCUGAAGUGGUGGAAACGGGGGAGCUUAGAGCUCAAAGGUUCGAGAGCGGAAUAACUUUGGAUUUGCAAAUGAUGCUUGUUGGAGAAACCUUUAUCUCUCUCGACACCCUGUACGGAAAAGCUGCCCAUCUGUAUGGACUACAUCAAAGGAGGAACAGAGUUGGUGAAAAGAGGAAGGAUGUUGGUAACCAGAAUCAGGGUGGUGGCCAACAGAAUCAAGGGAAUUUUAAGAAGAAUAAGGGGAACAAUCACUUCCAGUUCAAGGGGAACAAUGGUGGAAACAAGAACAACUUCCACAACAACAAUGGGAAUAGGAACCAGUCAGCAGGGAAUGGAACAAGAGUUUAUGAGUGCAUAUGUUGCCAUAAUAAUCACCCCGGAAAGGACUGUGAUGGAAACCUAAUCAUUUGUAGGUUAUGUGAGAAGCUAGGCCAUAGAGAAUUUGAGUGUUGGGCUAAGAAUGGGAAAACCAACCAGGUCAACCGCCAGAACAACAACCGGAAUAACCAAAACCGGAAUGGAGGGAACAAUGGAAAUAAUGGUGGGAACCAAAGAGGUUACCAAAGCGGUAACAACAACAAUAAUGGCCAAAGUAAUGGGAAGUCUAGGGGAAACUACCAAUAG